UUAUCAUCAGUUUUUAAAAUAAUCAACUUUUUUAAUUAUUCAUAAAUGAGCAAUAAAGCAAGCUAGCUUGACAAGGAAAUUCAAGAAAAAGAGUAAGAGCUUGAAAAGCUUAAAAACGAUAUACGUUCCCGUUAAAAACUGCUUGAAACAUUAGGCAAAAUAAAUAGCAAAAUAGAUGAUGAAGCUAUUAUGGAAAAAGUUAAGGCAUAAACAGAAGAGAUUAAUCUUCUUUAGAAGCAGGUUUCUGUCUUAAACGCCAGAAUCUAAAAGGGAGAGGAUGAAGAAGCUAAGUAGUAAUUAAAGGAAAAGGAUGAUAAGAUCAAAAUGCUUGAAUAAACUAACAAAAAACUUCUUGAGAAGAACUAAGAUGACUUAAUUGAAGUAAAAAGAGUAAGGUCUUAAUAUGAGAAAUAACUUGAACAGCUUUAAGAACAGAUAAAAGACUAUGCUGAGAAGCUUGCAAAUGAAUAAAGUUAAAAUGAAGAACUAUAAUAAGAAAUUGAAAGAUUAAAGCAGCAAGGAAUGAACUAAAAUUAGAACAACAAUGAAGAGUAAGCCAAUGAGCUUGCAUAGAUGAAGGAAAAAAUGGAUUAGAAAAAAUUAAAGAAAAAAUAGUUAAAAUAGGACCAUGAACAAGUAAAAAAUGAGCAUACUAAAAUUUUAAGUGAAUAUAAUAACCUCUAAGUUGAGUUGCAUGAAAUAAAAGCUUAAGCUUAAGAAUUCCAAGAUCAACUAAAUAAAAAAUAAGACUAAAAUGUUAAUCUUGAGAGUUAAAUUACAUAUUUAAAUGAAGAAUUAUCAUAGGAAAAGCAAAAAUCUGAAUAACAAAGAAAAGAGUUGCAAGAGGCAUUUAAACAAAAAGAAGAAAAUCUUAGCAAGCAGCUAGAAGAAUCACUGAAAUAGAGAGAAGAUUUCUUUAACAAGCAAAAAGAAGAAUUAAUGGGUGAACUUUAAAGAAAAAAAGAUUAAAUUCUUCAGACAGAAGAAAAAGUUAGCUAGCAAAAUAUUUAGCUUUUAAACUUAGAGUAGGAAGUGUCUAAUAAAAAAUAAGCUUUAUAAAAUGUUGAAUAUGAAUUAAAUCAGUAGAAAACAAUGAGCAAAGAGCUAAAAACAGAAAAUAUGCAAAUAAAGUAAGAACUCAUACUAUUAAAGCAAUAAAAUGAAGUGAAUUAAGUUAAUAAUUAAAAUCUACAGCAAAUUCUUUAAUAAUCGUAGCAAUAACUGGAAUCUCAAAAGGAAUAAUUUAAAAAUUUAUAAAAAUAAUUUGAUGAAAAGGAAGAAUAAUGCUUUAAUUUACAAUCAGAAGUUUAAAAUGCUUAAACUCUUAACUAAACACUUACAUUUAAAAAUAAAAAUUUGUAGUAAGACUUAGAUUAAGCUAAUUUAUAACAAAAACUUUUGAGGCAAGACAUAGAAAAAUCUAUCUUAGAUCUCAAAGAAGCAAAGUUUUAAAUUGAAGACACUAAAAAAAAGGCAUAAAAUAAUUUACUUAAAGCUCAGUAGGAAUUUGAAGAAAAACUUAGAGAUGAGAGAGUAAAAGCAAAGUAAGAAUAUGAUAAACUCAAAAGCUUAGUUGAUCAAUAAAAAAAAGAGUAAGAAAGGUAAUUCAUAGAAAGAAGUAACAACUUAGAAAAGGAAUUCCAGAGAAUGCAGCAAUAGAGAGUAGAAGAAUUAGAUCAGUUAAAAUAAUAAAAAAAAGAAGUUGAAAAAGAAAAUAAAAGAAUUUUAUAAAAUUAUGAAGAGACUGUUGAAACUCUUGAAAAAUUUAAAGAAAAGUCUGAGUCGGUUAUUAAUUCAUAGAGAAAAACUAUAGCUGAGCAAAGGUAAAAGUAGGAAUCAUAUGAAAAAAAAAUUGAAGAAUAAAAGAAUUUUAUAGAGGAGAUAAAGAAAAAUGUUUAGCUUUAUAAAGAAGAAGCUCAAAAGCAAUAAUCUGAUAAUAAAAAAAUCUUGGGAAAGAUAAAGUCAUAAUAGGAGAAGAUAAAACAACUUGAAGAUGAGUUAGGUAAAAGUGAUAUUGCAAAACUAAGAGCAUAGGCAGAGGCAGAAAAUGUACGAAAUUAAAUGAAAAUGUAUAUCAGCAAAGUAAAUGAUUUAGAAAAGAAUAUUAUUCCUGACUUAAAAAAGCAAAUUGAUGAUAGGAUUCUUGAAAUAAAACUACUUAAAGAAAUGAUUACUUCAGCUAAAACAAUGGUAAGAGUCAAAGACUAGGACAUAGUUAGAUACAAAAUUAAACUUCAAGCAUCAGAAAAUGAGAAAAAUUAGAUGAUAGGAGAGAGCUAAUUUUUCUAAGAUUAAUAGUAGCUUCCUAGAAAUAAUUAAUAAGGAAUGCGAGUCUACUCAAACUAGCAAUUUAAUUCUCCCAACAGAAGAAUUUUAGUAGCUAAAUAAUCUGUCAAAAAUUCAUCAUCUGGUCAUCUACCUAAGCUAAACUAAAUAUAAAAUUCAAAUAAUCGUAUUGGUUUUUAGAACUAAAAAUAGUAACUACAAUAAUCAGAAGAUUUAUAGGCUAACUAUAAUGAGCUUCCAAGUGAGAUUCAUAAAAAACCAGAAUAAAUUGGAUAGUAUGAUGAAAAUAACAAAGAGGAAAAUUGGAGUGAAAUAUUUGACAAAUAAUCAAAGCAAGGAGGAACCCCAACAAAAAAUCAUGCUAUUAAUAGUAAAGAGUAGCUGGAUCUGAUCAAAGAAAGAGCAGAUGAGAAUAUGCAUACCGAUAAAGAACCAAGAAAAAAAUCUAAACCUACUUCUUAAAAUGAGAUAGAAUAAUCUAAAACACAAGAUAAAAAAUCUACUAAGGGAUCAAAGGCUUCCAAAAAGAAAGUUGGGUCAAAAGUUGAAAAUGGUGAAGAAGAGCUAAGAGAUGACUUAGAAAGUGAUUUGGAAGAAGAUGAGGAUUUCGAGAGAGAUGAUACUUUGCAAAAGGAAGAAGAUAAUAAUCAAGAAACAGAGGAAUAAGAUAGAUAAGAAGAUGACUAGAUGGUUGAAGAGGAUUGA